UAUAGCGGUAAAAGAAUCAAUCAAUUUUAUGUCCGCUUUAUCGUCGUGAGGUUAUGUUUUGCAAGACAUAACCUCUUCUAAUUGAACUGCUCAAGAUUAGUCACAUGUUUUUGCGAAAGAUAAACGUUAAUAGAAAUCAUGGGCAAGAAAAACAAAGGAGGAGGUGGUAAUUUGGGAAAGUCCUUAAUCAGAGAUCGAUUUGGAGAUCGAAUCAAAAAAAUUAAGAAAAGCGGGAAUGAACCAUCUAUGCUUCACACUACCGAGAUCAACGAUGGUUAUGAUUGGGGUCGACUCAAUUUGCAAUCAGUUACAGAGGAAAGCUCGUUUCAAGAGUUUCUGUCAACUGCUGAACUCGCAGGUACAGAGUUCAGUGCAGAAAAACUAAAUAUUAAAUUUGUGAAACCCAAUAGUGGUGGCUUGCUCUCAAAGAAUGAAAAGGAGAAAAUAUUAGCAUCACAGGAAAAAAAUAAAGGUCUUGUUAAAAUACCCAGAAGACCCAAGUGGGACAAUUCCAUAAAUGCCCAGGAAUUACACGCACUUGAGAAAGAGACAUUCUUGGAAUGGAGACGUCAUUUGGCCAUGUUGCAAGAGGCCGAGGGAUUGAUAUUGACGCCUUACGAGAGGAAUUUAGAAUUUUGGCGACAAUUAUGGAGAGUGGUAGAACGCAGUGAUGUAAUUGUACAAAUUGUAGAUGCGCGCAAUCCAUUACUCUUUCGUUGCGAGGACUUGGAACGUUAUGUUAAAGAAGUAAAUCCUGAUAAAUUAAAUAUGCUUCUUCUUAAUAAAGCAGAUUUCUUAACGGACGAGCAAAGAGAGGCAUGGGCGAAAUAUUUUACAGACAUAAACGUACAAGUAGCUUUUUUCUCUGCUACAUUAGCAGAGAAACAAAAGAUACAAGAAAAGGAUAAAGAUGAAAAAAAUGAAGCAGAAUCAACAGAUGAAAGCGACACUGAUCAUUAUGAUAAAGAGAACGAAAGUAGUCCUGAUGAAUGGAAUUCGGAAUUUGUCUCGGAAUCGGAAUAUGAAAGUGCGGAGGAUGAUACCGUUGACAAAAUAGAAACUCAAUGCAUGAUAGAAAAUUUGAAAAUCUCUGCAACAGAAACGAAACACGAAAGAAGAGUAGUUAAUUCAUCAAAAUUACUAAACAGGGACAAUCUCGUGGAAUUAUUUAAAACAAUUUAUAAUAAUGAUAAGACGUACACUGACGGAGUAACGACGAUCGGUUUAGUCGGAUAUCCAAACGUCGGAAAAAGUUCCACCAUCAAUGCCUUGCUCAUGGAUAAAAAGGUUUCCGUAUCUGCCACACCGGGCAAAACCAAACAUUUUCAAACGCUUUAUCUGGAAAAGGAUUUGCUGUUAUGCGAUUGCCCGGGUUUGGUAAUGCCAAGCUUCGUUUGUACAAAAGCGGAUAUGAUUUUGAAUGGUAUAUUGCCGAUCGAUCAAAUGCGGGAUCAUGUACCAGCGAUUACAUUGCUGGCUACAUUAAUACCUAGACACAUUCUGGAGGAUUUAUAUGGUUUUAUGUUACCUUCGCCUGAGGGAGAAGACUCGGAUUGUGCACCAACCGCAGAGGAGCUUUUGAACGCGUAUGGAUAUAAUAGAGGUUUUAUGACACAAAACGGCCAACCGGACAAUCCACGCUCAGCAAGAUAUAUUUUAAAAGAUUUCGUUAAUGGUAGAUUGUUGUAUUGUGUCGCACCACCGACCUUCGAGCAAGAGACCUUUCACACAUUUCCACCGCGACGUCGUAAUAUAUCUGAGAAUAAGCACGUACCACCCCGACUGGCUCGCGUAAAUAAAGGAUAUCGGAUAACGACGAAAGACUUGGAUCAAAAGUUCUUCCAGAACGCACACGUUAAAAAGAUUCGUGGACCCGUGCUACAACAUUCUACAAUGCACGCGGGAUCAACGGUUAGUUUGACAGAAUCGAUUGACGGUCAUUCUGACAAGAAACCAUGGAAAGUAAAAAAUAAACAUGUUAAUAAAAAUAAACGUGAGAAGACCCGAAGGAUAUACGCUCAUCUUGAUCAACAUUGAAUAUAAAACGUGUGAAAAAUCAUUGUUUUGCAUUUUCUGAAUUUAUUAGCUUUGUAACAGCUACGUUAUGUAGCUGUAUGGUUGCAUAUAACACAACUCUCUCUCUUCUGCAACA